AAAAAAACAACGAAAAAAAAAAGAACUAAAAUCAGUCUCAGCCUAUCAAGUGACGCCACCCAACAAAAUCUCAGACCUCCAAUGGCGCAGCCUUUGAAUAAUUUGACCAUACCCAGAAAAAAACAGUUCAAGAACACCACAUGAGCAAAAAUAUCUCGCCCCCUAUUGCCCCACAUGAUUUAUUGCUAGAUUUUAUUCAAAUAAAUUCACUCAAACAAGCACACUCACAAAAAACUGUACCUUUGUGAUUUUUUCGCCGUCCUUGAAAAAAUGCGCAGAGGAGGAAAAUGCAGGGCAGCCACAGGCCUCCACCGCCUUACCCAUUUUCAUUUUUUUUUUCCUUUUUCGGAAAUUUCAGUCGGCGAUACCUAUAUAUAUUCACCGCGUCCCACUACCGGCCGACCAAUUUCGCCUCCCGGCAAAAACCAAACAAAACCCAAGAAAAAGGAAGAAAAAUAGAGAAAACCCAUUUCGAUUUCAGCUCCAUUUUCAGCUCGAAUCUCGCCGUGAGCCCUCGUUCGAGAAGCUUCAAUGGAGCCCAAAGAAUAUAACCCGCCGCCGCCAGUUUCCUCCGGCGGCCAGCACGAGGCGGCGCCGACGUUCGCCGAGCCCUUAUCCAUGGCGUCCCCGUUUCCCGAGCUGCCGCCCUUCUCAGGGUUUGGGCCGUUCGAGCUCCAACCGGAACCCUAUCUCGAGCAGGCGGCGGGUGAGAAUUUAUCCGGCGUGCCGCAGCCGCUGGAGGCGCUGUACGAAACUCCGGUGCCGCCUUUCCUGUCCAAGACGUUUGAUUUGGUCGAGGACCCGUCGCUGGACGCCGUGAUCUCGUGGGGGACGAAAGGAGAGAGCUUUGUCGUGUGGGACCCACUCGAGUUCGCUAGGACUGUGCUGCCGAGGAAUUUCAAGCACAACAAUUUCUCGAGUUUUGUUCGGCAGCUCAAUACAUAUGGAUUUCGUAAAGUCGAUACAGACAAAUGGGAGUUUGCGAACGAAGGAUUCAGAAAGGGGCAGAAGCAAAUGCUGAAACACAUCCAAAGGCGUAAAUCACAUCACUCGAUGAGUUCCUCAUCCGGUGGAUCCUCUCGCGAUUCGAAUAAAUCUGCUGCUGUGGAGGCCGAAAUCGAGCAUCUGAGGAAAGAGAGAAGUUUAAUGAUGCAAGAAGUGUUCGAGCUACAGCAUCAGCAAAGAGGGACCAUGCAGCACAUGGGAAUUGUAAACGAGAAGAUCCAUUCGGCCGAGAGAAGACAAAAGCGGAUGGUCUCGUUUAUGGGGAAAAUAUUCCAAAACCCUGCCUUUUUAUCCCAUACAAAGGAGCAAAAAAACAUCACCUCACCUAGGACAGCAAGAAAAUUCAUUAAACAUCAGUCCCAUGAAACGGGAGCAUCUGGUUCUUCCCCUAAAGGAGAAUUCGUCAAAUACCCGUUAUUGGAAAUGGGAGAAAGUCCAGUUCUUGGUACUGAUUCUACUGAUAAUUUACCUUUUCAGGUUGAAGAUGAUGUAAAAGAUGAGCUUUUGACGAUGGAUGAGAUUCUUGGUGCACCCGAGCUAGCUGGAAUGGAUAUGGGCCGAGGAACGGUGGACCUUGAUUAUAAAGGAAAGGGUGUUAUGGGCCCACCACACCCACAGGUCCAACCAGGACCAGAUUAUUUCAUCUCAUUUCCUGAGGAUAUGGGGAAGGAGAAGAUUUUUCCUAAGAUUGUGGCCAUUGAGGAGGAGGGAAUUUGGGGGGGCAUGGGAUUCGAGUCCGAUUUAUGGGGUAAUGCUGGUGAUGAUUAUAAUAUGCAUGAAUUAGGGGGUAUUUCGGAUAUUUGGGAAUUAGGGUCAAUGCAGAAGCCUGAUGAGAGUUCGGGUGUCGAGAGGUGGCCGAAUGAAGACUCCUCCCCUUUUAACGAGUUAGAGAAAAAAGAGAACCAUGACUAGGAAUGAAUAUAGUUACUAAAUAAAACAAGGCUCCUUUUAGGGUCUUUAAAGUAUAGUUUGGAUUGAUAGCAUGAUGCAUAUAAUAUGGUGUGGUUGGUUUUUUGUUGAUUGCUAAUAUAGAACUGAACUAUAGUGUUAUCUAUCAAUUUUUUUUCUUAUUUUUUGAUUGUCAAGUUCUAUUUCUUUCUCCACUUCUGAUAUCAUUUUAUUUGAUUUUGUUUUUAUUUGGUUGUCUUGAUUGCUCUGUAGCAUUAGGGUGAAUAUGUUGUAGUUGAUGUGCUUGCACGAAAAAAAAAUAAAAAACAUAAAUUGCGAUUAAUGUGUGUCUCUUUUGAGUUGUGCGUACGCAGGUUUGCAACACCUUUUAGGAGAUCGGAUUUGGCGGCUUGAGAUAGUGGCUCCGGACACUAUCACAGGUAUAAAGCGCCUUUUGGGAAAUAAGCAGGCUGUGAGUAUAUAUGGUUUGUUAAGUCUCUUGUAUUUAGCAGCAUUAUCUGCCUAAGUAGAUGGAAUAAAGAACUGCAGAAAGGUGGACUUAAUUUAACCAGUUUGUAAUAAUACUUGUUCGGAGUCAACUCCAAGUUUGUAAUAACACACUGUUAGCUCGAAGGGGUAUGCAUUCGUAGAUUCUAUUAGCUCGAGAGAGCCCUUUGCUCUGCGUUGUUUUUGUUUUUGUUACAUUUGUCAUAUGAAAUGUGGAUGUUUUGCACAGUGCUCGAGUUCACAGGCUAUCUCUGUUCUCAUUUUUUGUACAUUCAGA